AUGAUGACGAACGUUGCCGCGAAUAGCUACUGUCUAAAUAUACCAAAUGCUAAUUCAGCGUCAACGGCCACUUCCUCGAUCUUUUCCGACCUCAAUAAAGAGUACGAAUCAAAGAUCAAAGAAAUUGAAGAAUACUACGUGAAGACAUUACUCAAUGACAAUAACGAUAAUGAUGAUGGCAGCACUGCUGAUGGGCAUAAUAUAAAUGAAGCAGACAUCUUGAGCGAAUUUUCUCCAAGGCCUUCUCCUCGGCUGCCUUCCAAGCCGAAUUGUUAUCGCUCGUUGGCAGAUUUUAAAGAUUUGAUCAUAUCUGAUUCCAGGCCUCUGCAUACAUCUUAUUCUACCAACCCCUUUACAACCAGUAACAACAUCUCAACGUUUGCUGCAACUGAGAAAAAGAGUAAGAAAAGGUCCCUAGAGGUAGAGAUUAACCCCACUUAUACAACAAAUGCAUUUUCACUACCUUUAACGGCAGAAAAUUUGCAAAAGUUAUCUCAAGUGAAUUCUCAGGCUGCCGGACUACCAUAUGUACUCCCAAUCCAGAAAACAACAAAACUAGAGCACCUUAGAAUAGCCCCGUUGGAACUGCCUCAAUUAGUCAACAAGACGUUAUACAAGACCGAACUCUGUGAAUCUUUCACCAUCAGAGGUUAUUGUAAGUAUGGCAAUAAAUGUCAAUUUGCUCAUGGUUUAAAUGAACUGAAAUUCAAGAAAAAAUCAAACAAUUAUAGAACCAAACCCUGCAUAAAUUGGUCAAAAUUAGGUUAUUGUCCAUAUGGUAAGCGCUGUUGUUUCAAGCACGGUGAUGACAAAGACGUCCGGAUAUAUCAAAGUUCUAAUAACGGGAUACCUAAUGAUACUGAAUCGGGUACGCACCCUAUUGUCACAGCUUCCGCCAACAACAAUAGCACUGCAUAUUUGACUAAGCCUAAAAACUUACACACCAGUGUUAAAGCAUUGCAGAGGAUGACUUGGUAG